AUUCACGCUUGUAUCCUCGCAAUUAAGAAGACAGUGGAUUGAGAUGGGAAUGAUUAAGGAGUUUUUACCUUUGUCAACCCAUGUGUAAAGAAACCUCAUAACCUCCAGAUAUCGUAGGAUCACACACUCACACAGGCGUUCUGGACUUACAGGACUUGUCUCUCCAAAUACUCGUUGUUCUACAAUAGAUUCUGGAAACAACUUUGUGAUUUAGUUUCUGAUGAUAUAUCGUCUUGGAUCUUCAAGCAGACUAUAUUUUUCCUAAUGCUCAUCAUACGUAGUAAACCUACAGGAAUCGUCAAGAGUGAAGGAGGCGCAGGAGAAUCAAGAAGAAGAUCAAAGAAGAGAAAGGAGGAGGAUUGAAUAGAGAUGGAAGUCUUAUCGUCCGGAUUUCAUUUGACCUCAGUCAUCUCUCUAGUUAUAUACCUGUGUGUCUUCUUAUUAAUCUCAUGCAUUGUUCUGUUCUUUCUCGUCGUUCUUCAUCAAGGAUGGAAGUUUAGGCACAUUCCGGGACCCAAACGAAGCAGUGUCAUUUAUGGGUGCCUCCAGGAAGUACGGGAAUUUCUUGAAAAGGGGAACAACAAACUUGAUCUGUUGAUGAAAUGGCAGGCGGAGUAUGGGACUGUCUUCAGAUAUUCGAUACUUCAUCGAUAUAUUAUUGUUGCAUUAGAUCCAGAUGUGGUCAAGGAGAUUCUUGGGAAGCCGAGUGUCCAUUGGAAACCGUAUGUCCCGUAUGGUAUCAUGGGAACCCUCUUGGGUAAUCGUUUCAUGGGAAAUGGUCUAAUAACGGAAGCUAACCAUGCCAGAUGGAAAAUACAUCGCGCAAUGCUCAAUCCAGCCUUCAAUAGAAAGUACUUAAUGACAAUGGUCGAGACAUUUAACGAUCACGCGGACCACUUAGUGAGUUAUCUUACGGACAGAGCUGACGGUUCGCAAGAGGUUAGCAUGUACGACGCAUUUAACAAUGCCACACUGGAUAUCAUAGCCAAAGCGGGAUUCGGCCUGGAAUUGAAUGUUCUUGAUGAUCCUAACAAUCCGUUUCCUAACGCCAUUCUAACCUGUCUGAAUACAAUACAGAGCUGUAUUCAAAACCCAUGGAUGAAGUACGGUUUAACGAGCAAAGUCAAGAAAGCCAAAUCAGAGGUGAAAGAUGCUUGCGAUUUGCUCCGCCGAGUUGGUAAGGACUGUGUAGAGAAUCGUUUGGCGGCCAAGGCGAGGGGUGAAGAACUUCCACUGGACAUGCUGACAAAUAUCCUUGAAGCCUCAAAAGAUCUCAAGGGGGAUGAAAACUUCGGCAUCGAGGAGAUGUUGGACGAGUUCGCCACGUUCUUCAUUGCAGGUCAAGAAACAACAAGUAAUGUCAUGUCAUUUACGCUAGAGCAGCUAGGAAAGAAUCCACGAGUCUUACAAAAAGUUCAAGUAGAGUUGGAUGAAAAGAUUGGAGGUCAGACGUUUAUUAGCUUCCACGACAUGGGCAAACUGGAAUACCUAAAUCUCGUUUUGAAAGAAGCUUUACGGAUGUACGCCCCUGCAUCUAUAGUGAAUCGAGUAACAGGUACGGACGUCAAGGCUAGCACAGGGAUAGUCAUACCCAAAGGAAGUCAGGUUUCGUUGAGCCCGUUUGUCAUGGGCCGUAUGGCAAAAUACUACAAGGACCCGCUUAUCUUCCGCCCAGAAAGGUUCAUUGAGAGCAAACACUCUCCAUAUGCAUAUUUCCCUUUUGGAUAUGGUCAGAGGUCGUGUAUCGGACAACAAUUUGCACUGAUUGAAUCGAGAAUAAUCAUGGCGAAACUGUUGCAGAAAUUGAAGUUUGACUUGGUGCCGGGCCAGAGCUGGAACAUCUCCUUUGCAGUCACCAUACGGCCUGUAGAUGGUUGUAAGAACUUCGUCUCACUCAGACAUUAAUAAAGACCUUUUUAUGACUCAAAUUUCAGUCCCUUACUAAGCCUAGACCGGGACUACAAUUGCAAAGUACUGAACUAUCAUUUCACAUUUCAAAUUUUAGUCCAGCAUGCUGAGCCGCCUAUACAUGUAUACUCUGGCCGAGAAAGCAGAUCAUGUUAGCGAAUCGAAUCUUCUACAAGUGUUUUGAGAGAGGUUAUUCUGUGUCUGUUUAUAUGCUUUUCACAUUGCAUAUCCUUAACCCCAUACAUCCUUAACCCGGAUAACCCCGGACUAUCCUUAACCCCAUACUAUAUAUUUUUUGGAUUCACACUGUCUUUCUUAACCCCAUACUAUCUGCUUAGCCGGGGUUAACGCCUUAAACCCGGACUAUCCCACAGCUCAUGAAUAUUGAUGAUUUUACCAUACAGAGCGUGAUUAACGUGCAAUUUCGACUUCUGUGAUUGGCUAUUGCUUAGCCCUACUUUUCCUUAGUCCGGUUUCGUUUCACACUGCAUCUCUUAGCACCGCAAUUGUGGUGCUAGCACCACAAUAAGCCGGCUAACCCUGCUUUUUUGCAGGGCCAGAUAGUACCGUACUAUUUACCGUGCUAGCCCACUUUGCUAAAACGUAUGUGAAAACGAAGUGGGCUAAGCUUAACCCCGGGAAAUUGGUGGGGUUAAGGACCCCCUUAGCCCCACCAAUUUCCCUGGGUUAAGGAAAAAAAGUACAGUGUGAAAAGCAUUAGUCGACUUCAAUCUGUUGACCACUUCCCCCCCCCCCCCCCGGGAAGUUACCAUAAUAAUGAUUUUCAUUUAAAACCGUGGCCCUAAUCUGCACUCGUAUCUCUAGAAUCUGAGUGUCUUACGGUGCAUUCUAGAUUUGACCCUCCAAAUACACUGGAAAUAUUAUAUACUCUUUGCGCAAAAUUGUCCAAAGAGGUGUUAAGUUGAACAAUGGUAAAAGAGAAUCAUGGUUUAUGCAGAUUUCUCGUAUUGAAAAAAAAAGCGUUAUUACGAAAAAAAUAAAAAUCUGGAUAAUCCAAGGUUUUGUAUACCAUGGAACAAAUAAACUUGAAACAUCUUUCGAUAAUACGGGCCUAUAACUUAAAAAAAAUAAUGAGAGAAUAAAUGUGCAAACCGACCAGAUUUUCUUAAUUUUUAUACAGUACCAGCAUUUUUGUUUUAAACAAAUAAACCAAUUUUUAUAUACCUUUGCUAAAGAACAUUGUCCGUAUCGUAAGAAGAUGUCAUUUGUUCCUGAACAACUCUUAAUCACAAUAUAUAGCUCUUCUAUAACAUCCCUAAAACAAAUUUAUAUUUCUUUUAAAUUACCGACCGCCAACUCUUUUUUCUCUCCCUCCUAUAUGGACCUAUCCACGGAGGAUUAUCUAUUGUUACUGUGACAAUGCUCAGCACCCCCAGUAACAAUAGAAUGAUCCUCCGUGGAUAGGUCCAUGCUCCCUCCGUCUAGGCAUUUUUUAGGACAGUAUGUACCUUUAUUUUGUCAAAUAUUUGUUUUGUAUUUCUCGAAUCGAUAUAGCUGUUAAGUAUCAUUUUUUUUUCUGUAAAUAUUGCUUCAUAAAUAUGUGUACCGUUUUCGUUGAAUGAAAUAAUAACAUAUUUCUAGAACUUGAUAAAAUGAAGAGAAUACAGUUACCAUUAAAAUAUCAUGAGUCAAUGUGAUGUGCAUUUCUAUAUUGUCUACUAAUUAAAUAAACAGUAUCGUUAUUGGACUAUAUAGGCCUACGUGAUUUUUGUAUGGGAAUCUCAAUAAAAAAGCUGUGUACUUUGUAUAUGAAAUUA